AUGCGACAGAUAUUGGUUACUGGAGCCGCUGGCUUCAUUGGACAGAUAGUAUCCAAGGCACUUUUAGACGAUGAUUCGGUUAAGCUCACUCUCGUCGACGUCAUUCAACCGCCCAUCCCCGUGGGUUGCAAGUAUCCUCACAAUGCAAUGGCAAUCCAGGCUGACCUGAUCGAAUCUGGAGCCAGCUUCAUCUCUCCAGGCCUCGAUACAGCCAUUCUUCUACAUGGUGUCAUGUCCUCUGCAGCAGAGGCGGACUUUGAACUCGGAUAUCGUGUCAAUGUCGAUGCGACUCGCGCGUUGCUGUUAAAUCUUGCCAAAAAGGUUCCGGGAGUCCGAGUCAUCUAUGCCUCCAGCGAAGCAGUGUACGGUACACCGCUGCCCAAGAAAGGUGUCUCCGAGGCCACCAACUGCACGCCAGAGAUGACAUAUGGCUGUCAAAAGUUGAUAUGCGAGACUUUCAUCAACGACUUUACCCGUCGAGGCAUGAUCAACGGCUUCUCUCUCCGAUUUCCAACUAUCUCAAUCCGUCCGGGCAACCCAAGUCCAGCGGUCUCUGCUUUCCUGUCCGGCAUUAUUCGUGAGCCACUGAAUGGCUUGGAGUGCAGAGUGCCUCUCAAGGACAGAUCGUGGCGUCAUUGGAUGUCUUCGCCCAAAACGCUGGUGUACAAUGUGAUGGUCGCGACAAAGCUGCCCAGGGAUGCAUUGGCACCCCAUAGAAGAGCCGUCAACGUCCCGGGCUUUGCGGUCACUAUGCAGGACAUGAUGGAUGCUCUGGAGCAGGUAGGGGGAAAGGAAAAGCUAGCUUUGGUCAAGGAAGAGCCUGUUCCUGAGGCUCAGAGUCUCCUGUAUUCCUGGGCCGAUGAUUUUGAUAAUAGCCUGGGACUCUCGCUCGGCAUGAAGCAGGACACAUCGUUUCUACAGUCGUGCAGAGACUACAUCGAAACAUUGGAAAAUGAGGCGUCAGCAUCAUAA